AUGCCUUCAUAUUGGAUGUUAAAAUCAGAACCCAACACUUAUUCAUUUAAACAAAUGGAAACAGACCAAAUUACAUCUUGGGAUGGCGUUCGAAACUACCAAGCUCAAAAUUUUAUGAAAACAAUGAAAAUUGGAGAUCAAGCUUUUUUCUAUCAUUCUGUAUCUGACAAAGAAAUAGUUGGUAUAGUGGAAAUUAUCAAAGAACAUUACAUGGCAGAUGAUCCUAAAUUUGGAAUGGUAGAUGUGAAAUUCAUCAAACCACUAAAAAAUCCAGUAACACUUGCAAUGUUGAAAUCGAAUCCCCAAUUGAAAGAUUUACUCAUGUUGAAACAGUCCCGAUUAUCUGUUUCGCCAGUUUCUGAAAGCUGUUGGUUGGAAAUUAUGAAAAUGAGUAAAGAUAGUUAG